CGUUGCGAAAGCAUACUCGCUGUAUCGUGAACAGAAACCGAUUGGAUAUAAAUAAAAUUGUAUGUGAUUUAUUAGUGAUCGUAAAUUACGUGAAAAAUAUUAGAAUAAAACAAUGUCUGUAAAAUUAAAUUAUAUUUUUUAGGAAGAUGUUUGUGUGUGAGAAGUUUUAUAAUGAAUAGAUGUGUAGUGUACAUUUGAUGUGAAAAGUGAUUAUGACUUGAAACCUCACAAUGACGUGUCCGUUCCGCCGCGCUUCCUCCCAGCACCAGUUCGCGAAUGGCGGCAGUUCUAGUGGGAAGAAGAAGGAGUUCAGGUCGCGACAGUCCUCGGUGCAUCUAUCAGGCCCCGACGAGGAUAAUGGAGAGAGGAACACGCUGACGCUGAAGCAUUUGAGCGAAGCGCUACAGCUGCUAACUGCGCCAUCGAAUGAGUGCCUACACGCAGCCGUGACGUCACUCACGAAAAAUGAGGCUGAACAUUACGACAAAUACAACUGUCUGCGAAGACUUCCGGAUGACGUGAAAUCAUUUAAGAAUUAUGUAUAUUUACAAGAAAUAUACGACGCUGUACGAGCAACUGAUAGUGUCAACACUACGGACUUCAUGGCGAAGCUAGGGGAAUAUUUAAUACUAACUGCUUUCUCGCACAACUGUCGACUGGAGAGGGCGUUUAAAUGUUUAGGCACUAAUUUAACUGAAUUCCUGACUACCCUCGACAGUGUUCACGAUGUGUUACACGAUCAGGACGACGCCCUUAGAGACGAGACCCUGGAGUACGAAGCAGCCUUCGUAUGCACGACCUCCCAAGAAGGCAAGAUAGAGUUGCACCUGACGACAGAGAGCGAACCAGUAGCCUAUCUCCUCGUAGGCAGCCUGAAGAAGAUCGCGCGGAUGCUGUACGAUACGCAGACUGAUAUAAGACUGACGAGCUACACGAACGAUCCAAGGAGAUUUAGAUAUGAAAUAAACGCAGUCCCACGUCAGAAGUCCGGAGAUGACGUCAGCCAAUCAGUUGAGGCUGGAACUAUCGCUUCAUCCAGCAACGUUUCAGACCUGAAGAUCGGUGUUGCUAGCUUUUGCAAGGCUUUCCCGUGGCAUUUCGUGACUGAUAAGAGAUUAGAGCUGGUACAAUUGGGUGGUGGGUUCAUGCGUCUAUUCGGCAACUACCUAGCGACGCACGGGUCUUCGCUAAACACCUACUUCAGGCUGAAGCGACCUCGUGGCGUUCUGUUGGACUUUCGUGAGAUUCUGAAGAGAGUGAACACACCUUUCAUGUUCUGCCUGAAGAUACCUGGCAGUGCGUCGCCUGCUGAGGGGCUGGAGAUCAAAGGCCAAAUGGUGUUUUGUCCUGAAAGCGACUCGCUUCUGUUCGUGGGUUCGCCUUUCCUGGAUGGGUUGGAAGGGCUCACAGGACGUGGUCUAUUCAUAUCGGAUAUACCCCUGCACGAUGCGACACGGGACGUCAUAUUGGUUGGAGAACAGGCCAGAGCGCAGGACGGUCUUCGAAGAAGGAUGGACAAGCUGAAGAGUUCCAUAGAGGAAGCCAGUAAAGCAGUGGUCAAUGAACGGGAAAAGAACGUUAGUCUACUUCAGCUGAUAUUCCCACCGCACAUCGCCAAAAGGCUAUGGCUGGGCGAGAAGAUUGAAGCCAAAAGCCACGAUGACGUCACUAUGCUGUUCAGCGACAUAGUCGGCUUCACUUCGAUCUGUGCGACCGCCACGCCCAUGAUGGUUAUCGACAUGUUGGAGAACCUGUACUCCAUGUUCGAUAUCUUCUGCGAGCAGCUGGAUGUUUAUAAGGUGGAAACAAUAGGUGACGCGUACUGCGUGGCCAGUGGCCUCCAUAAGAAGAUAGACACUCACGCGCCUCAAAUCGCUUGGAUGGGUUUGCGCAUGGUCGAGACGUGUGCGCAGCAUCGCACGCACGAGGGUGAUCCUAUUAAGAUGCGCAUAGGCCUUCACACUGGGACAGUGCUAGCCGGGGUAGUUGGGAAAACGAUGCUGAAGUAUUGUUUGUUCGGGCACAACGUGACGCUCGCCAACAAGUUCGAGUCCGGCUCGGAACCCUUGAAGAUCAACGUCAGUCCCACUACUUAUGAGUGGCUACUAAAAUUCCCGGGAUUUGAAAUGGAGCCGAGGGAUCGGUCGUGCCUCCCAAACUCAUUCCCCAAGGAUGUCCCGGGAACAUGUUAUUUUCUACACAAGUACAUGCACCCAGGCACCGACCCGCAGGCAUCACAGGUCCAACACAUACAAGACGCGCUGAAGUUUUACGGAAUCGAGCAAGCAAAACCGGGGGAAGUAGAUAGUUAAAAUCUUAUUAACGAAAAAAGAGUGUAGAAGCGUUUUCGUCACAAUCAGCUGCGGAUCGUAAUUUAGGGGAAAAUGUAACAUUGUAAAUACUUGUCUUAAUUGCUUUGUAAACAGUUGAUUUAAAAACUUUGUUCAUCAAAAUGUUUGAUGUAAAAAUGUUUUCCAAAGUUAUAAUCCUCUUAUAGGACUUUCAAUCUUUUGUACAUUAUUAAAACACAAAGAGCUCUUGGCCCUUUCAAUUGUUAAAUCUAUUGAAGUAUGUUUUUAAGACAAACGGAUUAUAUGGAAUAACGGUGGUUCGAAAUAGCGUCCGACAAAUGUUCCGUAUUUAAAUUUUGCGAUAAAAUAAUACCUACAUGAUUUGUACGAGCAGGAUGGUAAUCUAUUUGCUUAUAAACGACAGAGAUACCUAUAUUAAGUCAUCGUACAUUUUCCGCCUAUCAUAUGUCAUAAACGAACUUUAUUAGAGGCGCACUUCAAAAAUAUUAGUAAAUGUAACAAUUAUAAAUGUAUUGCUUUAAAAGUGAGUAAAAGUGUUAUUUGUCUUUAUUCAUAUACAGCACUAUAGACAAAAACAAGAGCCAUAGACUCCUCUAUUUUAUUGAGAAAGGAGAUUUAAAACUGUAAAAAUCUUAGUUCUGCUUUUAGUGUUUCUUUCUGAGCGUUCUUUAUAAAUACAUUUUUAUGGCAUUGCGGGCUUGAUCAUAGUGGAAACUGUAUAAAUUCUACGGCAUAUCAUGAAAAAAUACAAUAGGUAAGUAUUAUGUGAAAUAAUUCUUUAUUCCACUAGAAUAAAUAAUAUUAGUAUUAGGCGGUAAUCACCUCGUCUUGACGAUCGUACCCGAGAUACAAGCUUAGUGCUUAGUGUGGACCACUGAGUGCUGUCCAUUAAUGUUUUCUACCUAGUGCUCGAGAGAGACAAAUUAUAAAAGAUUCCAUAAUAAAACACCACUAAAUUCGCUAGUCUAGACAGCCAACACCAUAAACAACUUUUGUUCCACAAGUAUCGACUUCACAUUCAAACGAGAAUCCGAUAUUCCGUCAGGCUUAGAAAUGUACUAUAGGUAUCUAUACUGAUAUCUGGAUGAUGUCACCUAUGGCCAAGCCUACAGUCCUAUGUACCAAGUCAUAGUUUAACUAGAAUAUAGUGAUCUAUGUAAAGCUUUACUGUCUUUGUAAGAUGUAUAUAAAGUUGAAACCUGGGAUAAUUACGACUUACAUAGAUUUAAAAAUCGCAGUAGAUAAUUGUAAUGAAGUGAUGUUAAGAAAAUUAGUUUUAGAAAGCAAAUACGCGUUUCGAAUUUAUUAUAAAAAAAUAUAAAACCCAUGAUAUUAUGGAGAUAAUUCUAUUAGUUAUUAAAACUUUAAUAACUUCGUUACGGAAUCUUUCUAAAAGUAUUUUCUUAAAUAUUAUUCCUAUGAAUUCUUCUAAUGCUUUAAUCUAUCUAGUGUAUAGCUUAUGACAAACAAAGACAAAGUUCGUUGACAUUGUUGCAUUAAAUUGCCUAUAAUAUAGAGUAAAAAUAAAAGAAUUCAGUGAAAUAUUAGAAAAUACGAUAAUUAAUGUAAAAAUGCGUUUUUUUAGUUAUGAUAAAAUUAGGUUAAUUUAAGACAUCUUUGUAAAUAAGAUAAGAUUUCAAAAAAAGCGUAAUUUCUAAAGUAGUUAGUGUGCUUACUAUCUUCAGCUGCCGAUAGGAAAGCUUUUAUUCAUAAACAUUUUAGGAAUAAUCAUUUAGAAGUUAGUAUUUCGUCAAAGUUACCGGUAUAGAAAAAAUACACCUAAAUUGUGUUCUAUAUAAAAAGUUCCAUUUUCAAACUACGAACGCUAGAUUUUAUUUAUUCGGGUUAUUCCCUGAGAACCCCAUUCCCGAGCAUCUCACUCUAGGAAAGUAUUCGUUUUCAAACACCGGUCAUUAAAAAUACAUAACAUUCUUUAUUUUGUUCAUCUUUUACUUAGUAAAACUUUUAAUUUGAGUACUUAGUGUUAAUUGGGAAAUUUAAUGGGGCUCUGAUAGAAGAAUACAAUUUUAUGAAAUAUUUAAAAACAAAUCUCUUUGCGUGUAAUCUAUAACUGCUAUUACACAAUACGUCAUGUAUUUACUAUUGUGAGCAAUACAAUUUUUUUUUGUCGAUUCUGUUAAAUUCCAUUUACAUAAUAGAUGUAACUUGAUGUAGUAAUCCGCUUAUUUUUUUAAUUUUAAUUAAAUUAAGAUUUAGAAUUUGAAUCAGGAAAAAAUGUGUACUCUACCCAUUAAUUACAUAAUUAUUUAAUUUACCUGUGAUACAUUAACAAAAUAAUUACCUAAAUGUACCACUCUUUCAUUCGCGAUAAAUUAUCAUUCUAUCAAUUUAUUUUUCAUUGCUUUUUUAAAUAAAUCCAUCCAUAUUAGUGAUCAAACGAUCUCUUUCUAAUAGAUUGUGUCAUACUAUUACCGUGGCAGGAAAUGAGGUUUGAGGUGUGUGGUUUGCGCCCUAGAAUUUGAUUACUCUAUAGCCUGUGGAUAUUGUUCAUGGCAACUAAAGGAUAUAAAGCCUUAACAGCCGAUGGGUAACAAUAAUGUUCUAAAAGAGGGUUGAUUGAGGGCAGGUAGGCGGCCGAGCUUAAAAAAUUUAAGGUUAUUUUUUAAACGGACAACGAGCUUUGGUUGUCAUAGCUAUUAUAUCUUCUUGUCCAAGCUGCCGGCUAGCCAUUCACAAAUUUGCUGUCAAUGUAAACUGUGUCUACGAAGGACACAUUAAAGUUCAUAUUUCAAUUGCCGGGUCGUGUCGUGACAUGCGGUACCAAUUUAACCUGGCAAGAUGAUGUUGAAUGAAAUUGAGCUUUAAACCGACGUCUGUAGACAUAUUUUACAUUGACAAGACGAAAACUGACAGCGAGCUAGUGUGUUAUAUAUCCUAAAAUCGGCUAAUACUACAGAUUACCGUGAGUACCAUGACACAGACAUGAUCCAGUCUAAUGGAUAGAGACUUUUGGUAUAGUAUCAAUACAUUCCAUUAAAAUUUUGCAGUGUUGUGAUCUAGUAAUAGCAAUUAUUGUAAUAUAAGCUAUAUUGUAAUUUAAUAAGGUUCAUAAUGCUAUGCUUCGAGCGGUUACAGCACAUAUCGCUUAGGUAUAAUGCGGUUUCAUCUAGUCAUUUUAAUAUUAGGAAAAUAUUUUCUAGUCAUUUUGCCAUAAGAGAUUUAACAUAUAUUUUUUAAGGUAAUUUCUAUAGUACCUUUACAAUCAUAUGAUACUCACUUUGUUUUAAUACUCAACAAUAGAAUAAUUUUUAUUGUAGUAUACUAAAAAGCGGUGGUGGUGUAAUGGUUAAGACGCCCGCCUGUAGAUCGAAAGGUCCAAGGUUCGAAUCCUAUUCGUGCCACAUGAGUUUGUAUACCAAUCUCACUCAUGUAUAGUAGUUUUCAUCGAUCACCACUUACUUCCGGUGAAGGAAAACAUCGUGUGGAAACCUGCACACUGGUUGAUUAUUAUUAACUUGUGUGUGAAAUAGAGAAGGCAAGGGCAAACCACUCCAUUAAUAAUGCCAAGAAAGUUGUUGUGUGUGUUUCAUUCCACGUAAUGACCACGACCCUCAGCCAUGAGGAAUACGACUAUGAAGAAUACUAAAAAAUAAUACAAAAGUUUUGACAAAUUGAAAAUUUGUAUACCUACACUUGACCAUAAAUACCCAUACAAAUAUUUUGUUAAACUUUUGUGACUACUUUAUGUACUUCUAUAGUAGGAUAUAGGUUGGGACUGACUGAGCGGCCUUGUGAGGCAUGUACUUUUACAAUGCGUCUUUUAGUUGCCUCGCGAGGCAGCGAGGUAUUAUGAUAACACGCGCCUCGUCCGAGGCAACGAUAUGCUGGAACUCGACUAGUGCUCUGCUAUACUGUGCUAACUGGAGUUAAUCAUUCAAAACUUAAUAUCAGUUAGCACAGCAUAGUAAAGCACUAGUCGAGUCCAGCCAUAGGCGCACGUACCUCGCAAGGCUUCGACGGCUUUUGAAACAUAAUCUGCAACAAUUUAGGUCCUUCGUUAGAUAUAGGCGUGUAUCCGUUAAUUAAUAUAGGAAAAUCGUUGUUUAAAUGUAGACUCAUGUAUGUAAUAUGUUCAUGUAUUAUUCAUAGUAAACUAAUAAAUUUUUUUUUGUUAAGGUCUAUGCAAAUUUAUUUCAAGAUCAGAAAUUUAAUCUUAGUUAUACAUACACGUACAUACAUAUUAUCACGCAUUAAAUUAUCGAUGUUUUCACAAUCUAAUUACAUUAUAUGUAUGUAUAACAAUGAUAUUUAAAAAAAUAGGCAAAUAUGUAAAGUGAUACGAUAAUGUUUGUAGCACAACUUGAAAUAUCCAUUUUACAAUAACAUUAAAAUAUUUUUUUUUAAUUAAUUUGUUCGAGAACAAAAUUUAAUUUGUAGGUUCCUCUACAUAUGUAAAUAUUUACAUUUGAUUAAAAUAUAAUCGCGUAAGUAUACGGCCUUCUUCUUAACAUAUAAAGACAGAUCUCUUAAGUCUAAUAGAAAUAUAAUAUGUAAGCUGUUUGCGGAUCACGCUAUUUUAAACCUUUUUUUAAAUUAAUAGCAUUUCUUUAAGAAAAUCACUGUGAAAGCACUGUUAGUGAAUACUCUGGAAUAAAAAUGUUUCUUUUA